UCAACAGGGACAAAACACUGGGCAGAAUUGAGACUUACAGACCUCGUUUUAUUUCAAGCAGAACUUUACACACAAAGAUGCACGGGAAGAGUGUGGUUCUCCGUAGCUCUGGAACUCUGUCUGCAGCUGAACUGGCCUGCCAGGUGACUGAGAAGGAUGAAGCCAGGAAGGAAUCAUUCAAUGCUGAAUGGAAAGACUUGUCACUCACCUCAAGGCCUGAAGAAGGCUGCUCUCACUCUGAGGUGGACCAUCAUCGCAAAGAAACCUACCACCAACAACAGGAGGCUUGGGCCAUAAUUCAGCGAUCACCAUGGGGCAUCCUCCGUCUAGGUCUGCUGGGUGAGCCCCUGGUCUCUUACCAUCUGCCUUUGCCCAUCUUCACACCAGUCAAGCUAAGCACCAAGGCUGAACGGGAGCUGACACCAACUCCAUCAGAGUCCGCGGAGUCACUGCCAGUCACAGGUGUCUGCCCUGACAAGAAACCUGUGUUUGAGAUCACCAAAGAGUUGCCCCUUGUGGUCCAGCCCACCUGCCCCGACUUCAAAAGAGCUGGCCUGCGCCGCUCACUGUCCCGCUCUAUGUCUCAGGAGGCCCAGAGAGGCUGAGGCAACUCAACAAUUCUCCUUUUUGGAACGUGUUUGGGCCAAUGUGCCUAUUGCUGCAUGAGAACAAUCUGAAGGGGCCCAGAUAUAUAGAAAAGACUUUGUGGGAUUGAACUUUGGAUGGCCUUCUUUUUUUCUGGGGGUGGGGAAGGGAUGUAGGAUGUAUUUGUUUGUGUAUAUAUACUUAGAUGUAUAAUAUUACAUAUUUCUAUGACCAGUGCUCAUUUUUCUGUAUUGUUCUUUCUUCUUCUUCUUUUAUUUAAUGUUACCUCCCUGGAGAAGUAAGGAAGGUCCACAUGAAUGAAGGAGAAAAAGAAAAACAGCCCCUCCUUGUAUAAGGUGAUUGACACAAUUGUCUAAAAUUACAGUGAAAAAUAAAUUUGUAGAUAAAAUGGCUGAUCAAAAUGAUAAGAAUGGCAGUUUCUGAGUUGAGCAAGUGAGAGCUAUGCUGGAGUUAUUCUUGAGUUCAGGAAAAUGGUGCUUAAUGGUGUAGCAAGUGAAAUAAUUUGGAGGAAAUUGUUGGCCUUCUUGGUCCUGUUCCAGGAGGGAACUUUGCAGUGUUUAGGAUAGGAGCUACCUUGUAGGAUCUUAUUCUGAUAUUCCUUCCCUAGUUCUGUGACUUAGGAUAGGAGACACCCAUGGAAAUGUCCCAGUCAGUGAACAUAUGCCAUGAAAGAUGGAGAGUAACUACACCUUGGGAAAGUGAUGAAUGAAGGUUGAAUUAAGAGGUUUAGAGAAAGGGUAGGAAA